AUGGGGUCUUGUAAAGACCAAGAACGACGAGAGCAAGGGAAGUGUGUGUGGGUUCAAGGACCUAUCAUUGUAGGUGCUGGACCCUCAGGGUUAGCCGUAGCUGCUUGUCUCUCUGAUCAUGGAGUACCUUACGUGAUUCUUGAGAGGAGUGACUGCAUAACUUCUCUUUGGCAAAACAGGACCUACGACCGUCUCAAACUCCACCUUCCCAAAGAGUUCUGUGAGCUUCCCUUAAUGGGUUUCCCUAGUAAUUUCCCAAAGUACCCUACAAAGUACCAGUUCAUCUCCUACAUGGACUCCUAUGCUUCACGAUUCUCUAUUCACCCAAGGUUCAACCAAGCUGUUCUCAGUGCGGAGUUUCAUCCAAGUUGUGAAAUUUGGGUGGUUAGAACUCAUGAUUUUCAGUACAUUUCCCCGUGGCUUAUAGUUGCUACAGGAGAGAAUGCUGAGCCUAUUAUUCCCUCAAUUCCUGGGAUGGACAAGUUUCUUGGACCCAUUGUUCAUUCCAGCUUGUACAAGUCUGGUUCUAGUUACAAAAACAAGAAGGUUUUGGUGAUUGGUUGUGGUAACUCAGGAAUGGAAGUUAGCUUUGACCUUUGCAGGCACAAAGCCAUCCCCUAUAUGGUUGCAAGAGACACAGUACAUGUUCUGCCAAGGGAGAUGUUUGGUUUGUCAACUUAUGGAAUAGCUAUGGCACUGUUUAGAUAUCUUCCUUUAAAAUUUGUAGACAAGUUUCUAUUGCUGGUUGCUAGCUUCAUGUUGGGAAACACCGAUCGCUAUGGCAUCAGGAGGCCCAAGAUGGGUCCAAUUGAACUCAAACUUGCCACUGGGAAAACCCCUGUCCUUGAUGUUGGACAAGUUGCACAAAUUAAAUCCGGUAACAUAAAGGUGAUGGAAGGUGUGAAGGAGAUAACAAGAAAUGGUGCCAAAUUUAUGAAUGGACAAGAAUAUGAGUUCCAAGCUAUAAUAUUGGCAACGGGAUACAAGAGCAACGUACCCACUUGGCUCAAGAGCUGUGAAUCUUUCACCAAAGAUGGAAUGCCCAAAACGUCAUUUCCCGAAGGUUGGAAGGGAGAGAAUGGAUUGUAUACGGUGGGGUUCACAAGAAGAGGUCUUCUUGGAACAGCAUCUGAUGCCGUUAAGAUCGCUAAAGACAUCGCUAAUCAGUGGAAGACCGUUAAGGACAAGACAUACUGUAAUUCCCAUAUCAUUUUGCUCAAGAGUACAUAA